AUGUCCGUUCCUACUCAACUUCGUUUAUGGAUCUGCUCUCAUCCACGCACUUGCUCGAAUCUUCUCUUUCGGCUUCUCGAAGGAACAGAGGUUAUAGAGCAAAAGCGUUACGGAUUUCUAGACGCGUUUUAUUCAGGACCCGAACGACAAACAGCGAAACCUGUCAAGUCAUGCUCUGUGAUGGACAUUGAUAUGGAGAAAAGAGCACGUAAAACAUACCAGAAUGCGAUAGAAGAGUUUUCCGAAUGGGUGUCUGAGACGGAGGUCAAGGGAAAGAUCCCGGUCUUCAAGGAACAUGGAUUCCUCUUCAUCCCCGCUGAAACCGUCAACGCGAACAUCGAAUUUUGGGAACCUCGACGCCGUUUCGGAACGCCCAAACCACCAAAAAUAAUCCAAUCAAUCACAACUCCGAUCCUUUGGCCUACCAACCUCUUAUCCACGUUUGCCGUUAUCAUUACUAUCCGACAUCCCGCUAAAAUCCUCCGUUCCUACGUUUCGAUCAACGAAUCCCUAGGUGAACCAACACUGGAAGACGCCGAUCUACCGAUGAUUGCCAGUAUGAAGUGGCAACGAAUGGUUUACGACGAAGUCUUUCGUUUACAGGUAAAUAAUUGUCACGGUUCACCGGCACCGCCCAUUGUCGUCGAUGGAGACUGCCUGGUGUUGGAGCCUAGAAGAAUCAUGGAAGAAAUAUACAAUCGCCUAGGCUUGGACGCGUCACAAAUAUCCUUGGAGUGGAAUCCGAUACGAGAUGUGAAAUGGCCUAAUGAUCGAGUACGAAUUGGGAUGGAAAAGGUGUUUGGGUCGACUGGGGUAAUUCCGAAUCCUGACACGAGCAAAUUGGUCGAUAUAGUCGUUGAGAAAGUUGAAUGGACUCGGAAGUGGGGAGCACAGAUAGCUGGAGAAAUGGUUCGGCUGGUGGAAGAGUCUUUGGAUGACUAUGAAUACUUGUUGAAGAAGAGUAUAUGA